CCUCUUUGAAAUUUGUAGUUCAUGAACUUUUCAACGCCCACGCAACCAAGCCGCCCACACCAACAACAACAACAAUCAUCUAUCUAUCUUAUAAAAACCCCAAAUUCUACUCUUUUUUCUGAAAAUAACAAGUAAAUAAAAACCAUGAGAUUGAUCUACGUAGCAUUGUUGGUGCUUUCUCUUUCUCUUUUGUAUACUCCAAUUCCAAUUUCAGCUCACUUCUUUCCCAAUGAAACUUCAAUUCCGCCAUUGCUGAAUUCCACUCAAUGCAACUGGGACUCGUUCCGCAACCUCUCCGGCUGCCACGCCGGCGAAAAAGUCGACGGCUUGUCCAUCCUCAAGAAGUACUUCCAGUACUUCGGUUACAUCAACAACGCGUCGAACUUCACCGACGAUUUCGACGAAUCACUCAAGUCAGCUCUCGAGACUUACCAGAAAAACUUCAACCUUAACGUCACCGGCGAGCUCGACGAUUUCACCGUACAGCAAAUCGUAAGACCCAGAUGCGGCGUCGCCGACAUCGUCAACGGUACCUCGACCAUGAACUCGGGAAAAUCGAACACCUCCUCCACGCGCUUCCACACCGUCUCUCACUACACGCUUUUUCCCGGCGAACCCCGCUGGCCUCAAAGCAAGCGCGACCUAACCUACGCGUUCAACCCAGAUAACAACCUCUCCGACGAGGUCAAGAGCGUGUUCACACGCGCGUUCGAUCGUUGGUCUACUGUAACGCCGUUGACGUUCACGAUGACGACCUCGGCGUACUCAGCGGACAUUAAGAUUGGGUUUUACAACGGAGACCACGGCGAUGGAGAACCGUUCGACGGGGUCUUAGGAACACUGGCCCACGCGUUUUCGCCGCCGAACGGUCGGUUCCAUUUAGACGGCGCCGAAAGCUGGGUUGUCUCCGGCGACGUCACGAAGUCCUCGUCGAACACGGCGAUCGAUCUCGAGUCGGUGGCUGUGCACGAGAUUGGGCAUUUGCUUGGGCUCGGACAUUCAUCUGUGGUGGAAUCGAUUAUGUACCCUUCGAUCCCGUCGAGGACUAAGAAGGUUGAGCUUGCCACCGAUGAUGUUGAGGGAAUUCAGUACCUGUACGGAGCGAACCCGAGUUACAACGGUUCGGCCACGACGUCUGCUAGUCGAGAAACUAGUGAUGGUGGUGAGGCCUUGAUUUCGAUCUCUAUGUGGGGCCUUAGAUCGUUUUUGGCCGUUGGAUUUGGUUUUUUAGUUGUUUUUAGUUUUUAGGAAUAUACCAUUUUAUAUUAUUUUAUUGUUUUUUUAAAAUUUAUUUAUGUGGUGAUAGUUUGAUUCGCCCAUUGAUUUUUUUUGUUUUUUGUUUUAUUUGUCUGUGUAUACGGAUGUGAUACAUUAGUGCAGUGAUUUGUAUAUACGAUUGUUGGAUACACAUUUUUUUUUUUUUAAUGUUAUUCUUAUAUAGUGUUUGUUUCA